AAACUCGGGAGGGGAAGCGCUACGCUGUGAAAACUCCCAGGAUUUACACUCUGCCAUUUUGAGUAAAAGACUGCCGACAGCGGAAUUCAGACGUGUCCAUCAAGUGGCGGUCAUGACCUGAAUUAAAGCAGAACAGCUCGGCGGGACUUUAUGGAAAAAAACUUUGAAUCGGAGGACCUGUGAUCCAGGAGCCGUUGUCCUUUGAAGCGUCCAGCCAUGUGUUCCACCAACCAUUCCAACUGGGUCACCUUUGACGACGAAGUCACGCCGGUCUCAUCGCCUCAGAAGCCCCUGCAGUCACCCUCUCUUAUCAAAGCAUCAGUACCACGUCCCAAUGGUCUGAAGUUGGUGCUUCCUCCAAUCAAAGACACUUCCUGGAGCUUCAGCGGUUCACUGGAAUCGCCUCAAAGCCAGUCAGGCUCCAGUGGGAAGUCUUUCAGACCCUGCAGCAGCGCCUUGAGUACUCCUGUGACCAGAGUCUCCACCAGCACCAGCCCGUUUCACUUCCCAUCGUGCGAAAAAAAUGCCUUCAUCCGGAGUUUUUCCAGCCCAUCGGGCGUCUCCGUGCCCUCACCGGCACCAGAGACUUCAAGUCAACCCGCGGAUGGGCCGAACCCCUUCCCAGCUUUCAGGGGAAACUCUGGACACUUCAACCCCUUCUGGGACGAUUCCAGACGGAGCGUGGAUGUAAGCAGCUCCUCCUCAGACUCAGACACAGACAACAGCCUACCGCGAUUCUUUAUUCGGACCAAAGAUGGCAGCACGCCUCCUCCCCGCGACCAACCCCAGAACCCUUUCUCCUUUGUCUGCAAUAAACUGGAAGACCUACAAGUAGGAAAUGAGGGACAUACGGACAUAUCAGAGGGAAGAAACGAGGUUAUAGGCGAUGGUUCGGUACAGUUCGUCCCCAGGGGUCUUUUCCGUAGUCAGAAGAGGGAUGGCUGGCCCAUCAUGCUCAGGAUUCCUGAAAAAAAGAACCGCAUGUCGUCCCGACAGUGGGGGCCCAUCUAUCUCCGCCUGCUCCCCGGAGGCGUGCUGCAGAUGUUCUACGAGAAAGGCCUGGAGAAGCCGUACAAAGAGUUCCAGCUCCUCCCCCAGUGCAGGCCGUCGGAGCUGAAGGUGGAGAACUACAGCGAGCCCAGGAAGGUCCUCACCGUCAAGGUGGAGCUCUUCUCCUACACCGAGAAGAAGCGCUUCCACCCGAAGCUGGAGGUGAGUCACGAGGCGGAGGUGGAGCAGCUGCUGAAGUUCGGCUCCACGGCGCAUGAGGACAUGGAGGAUCUGGUUGUCUCCAUGGAGGAGGAGAUCUUCAAGCUGAGCGUGCCGCAUCAGCAGAGGCGGCAGUACGAGGAGCAGGAGCUGUCGCUGCAGGUCACUGACCACAUCUGGAUACACCUGGAUAAGUUGGGGACGGUCAUGGAGAGGGCAGCUUUCACCCAGAUCCACUGUCUGGCCUUCCUGAACGGACAGGGCGACUGUUUCCUCGCCCUGAACGAUCUUGGCUUGCUGCAUUCCAACUCCAGCUAUGGGUACGAGGAGGACAGCGACCUCUGGAUGGAGAUCACCGACCAACAUUUUCACCAAUGCGUGAACGAGACUGAGUUUCAGAUGUCCCGGCUCAUCAAGUUCUCCCCUCCGGAUGCGUGCCGGGUGGAGCUGAUGCGGUACAAAACGGCGGUCCUGGGCUGUACCGAGAUUCCCUUUUCGAUCAAAGCCGUGGUCACGGUCCAAGGAGCCUACGUGGAGCUGCAGGCCUUCCUUAACAUGUCUGCCACCUUCCUCUCCUCCCUCAGGACGUCCGACACCUCCCAACCGCUGUGUGAGAACGUAGUGAUCCGCAUCCCGGUUCCAGGCGACUGGGUCAAGGUGACGCAGACGGUGGCCUUGCUGCGGCAAAGGUCGCUGAAGGCCCGGAUGAAUAGAAACGCCUGCCUGGGCUCGGUCAGAGCCGCGGACUCGCAGCCCGUCAUGCAGGUGUCCAUCGGAUCCGUCAAGUACGAGAAUGUUUAUUCAGCCAUCGUGUGGAGGAUCGAUAGACUGCCUGCCAAGAACACAGCAAUGGAUCAUCCCCAUUCAUUCUCCUGUAAGCUGGAGCUGGGAUCCGAUCAGGAGAUCCCCUGUGACUGGUACCCCUUUGUCUCCAUGGAAUGUGAAAUCUCGGGCGCGGUCGUGUCGCUGACCAGGGUCAAGUCCCUCGGCACUGUGAACGACAUUCAGCCGCAGAAACACGUGACCAGCUGGACGCGCUAUCACUGUCAGGCCAAACUCUACCUGUCCAUCAUGGAUGAUGUGAUUGACGGCAUGAAGGAAUUGUUUCUGGAUGAAGGCCUGGAAGAUCGAGUGCUGGACGACUUGAGGCAUCUUUGGGAGUCAAAAGUGUUGCAGUCCAGAGCAAUGGAGGACUUCAGGAAGAACAUCAACUCCUCCAACUUUGUUCUCCAGCUUCCUGCCAGCUACUCACAGGCCGACCAGAACCAGGAACUUCCAGCUCCAGGUUUGACACAAACGGGUCAGAACAUCCACAGCUUACCGGUCCAGAACAAAACCAAAACUCUUGCUACUUUUUCGCUCCCCGCUGCGCUCCCCUACCCCAUUAAGAUACCGGCAGGCGUCACUCUACAGACGGCUUCUGGGCAACUUUACAAAGUCAAUGUUCCUGUCGUCGUUACUCACGCUCCAGCAGGGCAGCGGGCUGCGUCCCGUCUCUCUCAAACCGUCCCGGAACAGAGCGAAGCGGCAGCUCCACCAAAUCCCAUCCCGCUUCAUGAGCCGGAGUCCUGCUCUGCUCCCGAUUCCUUCGUCACGCAGUCGAGAACCGGUCUCACCCCGAGUCAGGAGAGCGGCCUUCCUCGGGAGCCUCCAGGUCGAGAGGUCACACUGGGAGGAAGUGAUUCGAGCGCCCAGCCUGAACCUGGCUCUCCCUGCAGUCAGCUGUUGGACAUCCAGAUCUCUGCAGAGGAGGCUGCUCUCGCACAGAGGACGCAGAGCAGAGACAUUGACGAAAUCCUGAAAGAAGUCAUAGAGGAGGAGAGGGAGAAAGCCAGCAGGGUGUGGAAACUAGCUGCUGGGAACCAGUCUGGAGCUGAUCUGGGGCUGGACUUGGACUACACCUACAGAGAGCUGUCGGAUAUUGUCCAGCUGGAUGGCCCUGCCGACGGCUCGGACCCAGAGGAGGAAGGGGAGGCUCCCAUGGAAGAGAGCGACUUCCUGGGUUUGAUCAACGCAGAGGCAAUCAGAGCGCUGCAGGAGGAAAACUGCAGCGACGGCGACAGCAUCUCCUCCAGCAGUGACGAAGGCGUGGCGCACGAACUCGCUAACGUUGAAGACGAGGAUCCUCUUAAUUCUGGAGACGAUGUUGUCGAACAGGACAUCCCGGAUCUUUUUGACACCGACAAUGUGAUCGUUUGCCAGUACGACAAGAUUCACCGCAGUAAAAAUCGCUGGAAGUUUCACCUGAAAGAUGGAGUGAUGAGUUACGGAGGCAGGGACUACGUGUUUUCUAAAGCUGUAGGAGAAGCGGAGUGGUGAGGAGAUCGCUUCGUAAAGGAAAGUCAUGAAAAAUGAAGUGCAGAAAUUCAGUUAAGAGACGCAUAAAGCCGUUUCUGUUUCAAAUCACUGUUGAUUCUUGUCAUUAUUUAUCAAAGCAAGGCUGAAAGUGGAAACUUUGAAGUUCCCUGUAGUUUAUUUUGCUCCAGUUUACUGAGAGAAAUGUGACGGAUUUAUGUUUGAGAGAAUUUUAUUAAAGAGACUUUUUCUCUUC